AUGGCCGAGGGGCGAUCGCGUGUGCAGCAAAACGACCUGCUGCUACACGAGGCCGUCAUCAAGAACGAACCCGAAGCCGUGCGCGAGGCCCUGCGGAGGCCUACAGAUGUCAACUGUAGGAACAACUACGGGCGCGCGCCGAUCCACUGGGCGGCGAGUCGCGGCAACGUGGAGAUCGUCAACUUGCUCAUCGACGCGAAAUGCGACAUCGAAGCUGCCGACAAGUUCGGCAUGCGCCCUCUCCUCAUGGCGGCGUGGCACGGACACUUAGCGGCCGUGAAGACCCUGGUCGACGCCGGCGCAUGUCUGGCUGCUACGAAUAAGAAAAACAACGACGUUCUCCAGUGCGCGUGCAGCCGAGGAGCAACAGACGUGGCCGAGUACGCCAUCUCCCUCGGAGCCAAAGUUCAAAACACCGAUACUGCCGGAGACGCGCCGCUGGCGUUGGCGGCGAGAUCUGGCCAUACAGCGACAGUGGAGUUACUGCUGGACAGUGGGGCUGACAUAGAUGCCGUCAAUAAGGCUGGCCGCACAGCAUUGCACGUAGCUUGCGAAGGCGGCCACUCGCAAACCUGUGCUCUCCUGGUGACCCGCGGGGCCGACCGGGAGUCCCGGGACCAGGCGGGGCGGGCCCCCCUACAUCUAGCGGCGGUACACCGACACACAGACUUAGUGAGGACGUUCUUAGAUCACGGGUGCAACGUGGAUGUUACUGACCAGAACGGGGUGACGGCGCUUCAGAUGGCUUGUGCGCAGGGCUGUCGCGGCAUUGUGGAGCAUUUACUCGCCUUCAACGCCGACGUGCAUUUGCAAAAUAAUGUGGGAUCGUCUGCACUCCACGCCGCGUGCGCGGCCGACGCGACCGACAUCGUUGAGCUCCUGUUGGCUCAUGGCGCUGAUCCGGCCCUCACUGACCAGUGGUCACGCUCUCCGGUGAGCAUCGCCGGCGGCGCCUCCGACGGGCCUCCGGAGGGCUUCCGCAGGGCGGCGCGGGGAUCCUUCUCCGCUAUCUUAGGCCUGCUGACUGCCACAGCCAACCUGGACCACCAGGACCACUCGGACGGGUCGACCACGCCGCGCGACAAGUCCGGCGGACACUCACCCGCUGCCUGCGAAGGUGUCGAAGGCGAGGGCGAGCGGUGAUGGUCAGCAACGGUGCUGUUGGACCGCCUGGCGCAGCGCGGCUUCGCGGCCGACACGCGCCUCGCCCUGCCGCCCACAGGUUGCGCGCGCUACCGCGAGCUGUGCUACCGGGCGUCGCACGCGCACCUACCGGACGAAGCCGCGCCGGCGCCGUGCGAGUGCAUCAACUGCCGCCGUCGUCCAUGAACCUUCACUUAUCCGGUCACUGUCGCCGGACCCGUGCCGUCUGUCCUGUGCACUGUGGCGCGGAUGACAAGAUAAGACGUAUGCGAGUGUAUCGUCCGACCGUGAGACAACUCCGAGAUCGACUUAACCUCGUGAUCUGAUAACUCGUUUUUGACUCGAGUCACUGACCUACAGUCACGAGGUGACUUUGUCCAUGCCUGGUCUAUAAUCAAAUAGGCCUAAAUUAUUUAAUUAGCCAAAGCAAGUAUACUUACUAUAAAGUUGGCCACAAUCACAACAUAUUAAAAACAACCUAAGAUACGCAAUUUACUCAAGUUAAUUGUAGCCCACUAAGCUUUGGUGCACUCACAUCAACAAUAUCUUACGUUUUCGAGUGGUAUUAAUAAAAACUUAUAGA